AUGCGGCCACCCGCCUCCAAGGGCCGGGGCUUCGGCGGCGCCCGGGGACGCGGCGGCGGCAAGGGCGGCCGCGGCUUCGGCAAGGGCCGGGGCGGGCGCGGACCGGAGGGCCCGCCCGACAGCGUCGAGCCCGUCGGCACGCUGAUGCACGACUGCGAAGGUGACCUCGUCUGCAAGCUGACGCACGCCAAGGUCCCGUAUUUCAACGCGUCGAUCUAUGUGGACAAAAAUACCAGAGUCGGCAAGGUCGACGAGAUCCUGGGCCCCAUCAACGAGGUCAUGUUCACGGUGAAGCCCGACGCCGGCGUGCACGCGUCCUCCUUUAAAGCCGGGGACACGUUCUCGAUCGACCCCAUGAAAUUAUUACCUAUGAGCCGUUUUACGGGCGGAGGCGGCGGCGGCGGCGGCGGGCGCGGCCGCGGCAAGGGGGGCAAGGGCGGCCGCGGCCGCGGCGGCAAGGGCAAGGGCCGCGGCAAGGGCGGCUUCGGGCGGGGCAAGGGCUCCCCUGGCGGCGGGAGAGGGCGGGGGCGCGGGCGCGGCUGGUGA